CGGUUCUGGGCACCCCUCGCAUUGCGGCCCCCAAAGCCCCGCUCCCGGGGGUGCGGCCGGGAAAGGAUACCUUGGAGGGGAGGUGGGUUCAUCUGGUGCCACAGCACCCGCCCUAGGCCGCCUCUCGGGAAUUUGGAAAAGAUUCUCCGGUCCCGUCCGGAGGCCGAUAGUCCUCUGAGCUUACGAAGGAAGACUGCGUGAACGUUGGGCGUUUUUAAAAGAAUCAUUGUGUUGGGUGGGGAUGUGGUCUGUCUAUAAAAGGCCGGGAAAGAACAAAAUCCGUCACCCACGGCCCUUCUCUAAAGAGACACCCUCUGGAGCUGAAAGCCUCAAGAACGGGCUCUCUCACGCCCCCAUCUAUCGUCCGGCCAGCAUCCAAGACCGGUCUGUUUUAAAUAUAUUUCUGCAAGUUCUGGAGUUCUAGCUGUAUGAUCGGUUUUCUGGAUCCCUCCUCUCCUGCCUUUUGCUCCUCUAGAAGAAUAUGAAGAGCCAUGUAUUCAGACCUAUUCAACCGGCUGCCUCCCAAGCAGGCAGUACUUAAUUUCAGAAAGGAGUCACUUUUUCAGAGCUGUUAAAGCCACAUUAGCUUCUAGGAGCCCCCAGGUUCUGGUGCCGCAGGGACACGCCAAAGUCCUGAGGGCAGGAGAUUGUGAUCAAGGAGGAUUAUACAAGUGUGAGGCAUCUCAGCAGAGGCUCUGGCAGUGUCCUCCUCAGAAGUGGACAAGGCCAGUUGGGUGGCAUCGUCAUGCUACAGCAGCUCCUGAUUACCCUGCCCACUGAGGCCAGCACCUGGGUGAAGUUGCACCAUCCACAGAAGGCCAAGGAAGGGGCGCCCCUGUGGGAGGACGUGACCAAGAUGUUUGAAGGAGAAGCUCUGCUAUCUCAGGAUGCUGAUGAGACCCAGGGAGAAAGUUUAAAGGAUGAAGUGACUCCCGGGGCCCCGACAACAGACUCCCAGGAACUGUUGACCUUCAAGGACAUAUCUGUGGACUUCACCCAGGAGGAGUGGGGGCAGCUGGCCCCUGCUCACCGGAAUCUGUACCGGGAGGUGAUGCUGGAGAACUAUGGGAACCUGGUUUCAGUGGUAGGAUGUCAACUUUCCAAACCUAGUGUGAUUUCCCAGUUGGAGAAAGGAGAAGUGCCGUGGAUGACAGAGAAAGAAGGCCCAGGAGAUCCCAGUUCAGCUGGUGGGAUCUUAGUUCCCCAACCAGGGAUUGAACCUGGGCUCUUGGCAGUGAGACAACGGAGUCCUAACCACUGGACCGCCAGAGAAUUCCCUGCUAUUUUAAAUGACUUGAAGAGUAAAACAGAAACAGCUGCGUCAACUGCAAAGAACGACAUUUUACAGGAACAAUUCUAUCAUGGCAUGAUGAUGGAAAGGUUCAUGAGGGAUGAUGUCAUUUAUUCCACAUUGAGAAAAGUCUCAAAAUAUGAUGAUGAGUUAGAAAGCCACCAGGAUAACCAUGGAAGAGACGUGAGACAAACCAUCUUGACCCAUAAGAAGAGAGGCCAAGAAACUUACAAAUUUGGCAAAAAUCUUGUGAGUUCAAAUGUUGUUAUAGAACAGAGGCACCAUAAAUAUGACACACCUAGAAAGAGAAACAAAUACAAAUCAGAUUUGAUAAAUCAUCCAACAAGUUACAUAAGAACAAAAACCUAUGAAUGUAAUAUAUGUGAAAAAGUCUUUAAACAACCCAUUCACCUUACCGAACACAUGAGAAUUCAUACUGGUGAGAAACCUUUCAGAUGUAAGGAAUGCGGAAGGGCCUUUAGUCAAAGUGCAUCCCUUACCACACACCAAAGAAUCCAUACUGGUGAGAAACCCUUUGAAUGUGAAGAAUGUGGCAAAGCCUUCAGACAUCGCUCAUCUCUUAAUCAACAUCAUAGAACUCACACUGGUGAGAAACCCUAUGUAUGUGAUAAAUGUCAGAAAGCUUUCAGCCAGAACAUUAGCUUGAUCCAACAUUUGAGAACUCAUUCUGGAGAGAAACCCUUUACAUGCAAUGAAUGUGGGAAAACCUUUAGACAGAUUAGACACCUUAGUGAACAUAUAAGAAUUCAUACUGGGGAGAAGCCCUAUGCAUGCACCACAUGUUGUAAAACCUUUAGUCAUAGAGCUUAUCUAACACAUCACCAGAGAAUCCAUACUGGGGAGAGACCCUACAUAUGUAAGGAAUGUGGGAAAGCCUUUAGGCAAAGGAUACACCUUAGCAACCAUAAAACUGUUCAUACAGGAGUGAAAGCAUAUGAAUGCAACCGCUGUGGAAAAGCCUACAGGCAUGAUUCAUCCUUUAAGAAACAUCAGAGGCAUCACACAGGAGAAAAACCUUAUGAAUGUAAUGAAUGUGGAAAAGCCUUCAGCUAUAAUUCAUCACUUACUCGACACCAUGAAAUACACAGGAGAAAUGCCUUCCAGAAUAAUGCCUAAAAACAGAUUAUUCAACAUGAACAAAAGCAAGGUCUAAAUCAGUGAUUCUGUGCUUUGAAUUUCAGGACUCUAAAUUGGAGAAAUUGACAUCAUGAUGCCAACUUCUAAUUUUGCCCAUUGUGUAAAUAAACAUUACAUUGGUAACUACUGUCUACUAAUAUCUCCACACAAAGUACUUAAUCAAGAAUAAAAGAUGGCCCUUCAAAUUAAAUUCAACAAUA